CAAGUUAUUUCAGUUUAUCGUUUGUAUGAAACCCGGUUGUAUUAAGCGAAUAUGAACGUGUACUGGAUUAAUGUUAUUAUCACGGAAGAGAACGGUGACAUUAUGAGAGGAUCUGAUAUCAGGAAAUUCGAAACCGAAAGCAGCCAUUAGAAAUGGCGUCCAGCCGGCUUUCUUCGAAAUCGCUUGCCGAAGCGAACCUAAAAAUGCUUGACAACGAGGCUCUAUGUGACGUCACACUAACGGCCGGAAAGGAGAAACACGAGAUAAGGUGUCAUAAAGUAAUAUUGGCCAGCCGAAGUCCGGUUUUUUAUGCUAUGUUUUGCGGACCGCUCGCGGAGACAGGUGACGUCAUUCCUAUUCCGGAUAUUGAGCCAUCUACGUUGGCGAUGUUUGUGAGAUACAUAUACGGGGACCAGGUCAGCAUUAAUGAGGACACGGUUUUGUUGCUACUUUACGCGGCAAAGAAAUACGACGUGCCAUGCCUGGAAAAUUUAUGCAGGUCGUACAUGGAUCUAAAUAUGGACCCUGACAACGUGUGUACAAUCCUGGACCAGGCCAUUGUCUUUGACUGUGCGGAUCUAAGAUGCAAAUGCUUAAAGUUCAUCACGAGGGAAUCUAAAAGUGUAUUGAAAUCGGAGUCCUUUCUCGAAAUUACACAGGCGGGGCUUAAAGAAAUAGUGCAACUUUGUCAGUUCAAUGCAAGUGAAAUCGAUAUCUACCUCGCGUGCAAGCAGUGGGCGUCUCAAAGGUGCACAACUGCGGGAAUUCAACAAACUGGCCGAGCUAUAAGAAAGGAGUUGGGUGAAGAAGUUAUAAGCUUGAUAAGAUUUCCCGCCAUGACGUUAGACGAGAUGAGCGAUGUUGUAGCACUGGACGAUGUUCUCACAAAUGAAGAAAAAGUAAGCGUGUUCCGAACAAUUAUCAAAAAGCAAAACCUUUCGAAAUUCAUCGACGAACCAAGGAAACUUGCAAGCAAGAAAUGCAUGUUCUACAGGUGUAAAACAAUAGCAUCCCCGUGGGCGUAUAACGGAGGACAAGAUGGUUUGAGUUUCAUGGUAUCAGAGGACUGCGUCUUGAGUGCUCUUGAUAUGUUUCUGCCCGAGAUCGAGGGGGCUGUGGAGGGGAUUUUAGAGAUACUCGAAGGCACCUCUAUUGUGCACAAACAGAAACUUAAACUAGCCUAUAGUGCUGGUUUGAAGCACGAACUCGUUCCUUUAGGAACUGACAUCACAUUGAGACAGAGAAUGAUUUACUCCGUAAGGCAGCGAGUGAACGGACCGAAUGUACACAGGUGUUACUUGACGGAACCACGAGUUAGCGUUAAUGGCAUGACCAUGACAUUUUGUGAUUUGAAGGUUGGAACGAGCGAUAAUGGAACGUCGGUUACGAAUGGUCAGUUUUACGGAUUUGAACUGAAACUGUUCGUAGAUGACGAUUGCGGGGAACGAGGAGAAAUCCUACAUACAUUUUCAGGAGCCUCCGGCGGCUGUGAAGGAAUAAACCCGAAAGCAAAUGUGUAGAGCUAUUUAAACGGAUUCGUCUAUCAAAAAGACUUUAUUAAAAAUACAUGGUGUCGCAUUUUGAAGAAUUUUAAAGCGAAUUGCAUAUAACGUAUUGAAAUAGCGCGAAUGGCAUCAACAUGUCAUGCCAUGUCACAAUUCUAGAAGACUUAGCAAAUGAAAAUCCGGUGAAGUUUAGGUUAUAUCUCUGUUUUCACAACGUAUAUUGCAUGCGUUUCUGUUAGUUACUACUUACACUUUUAAAUUGUAUAUUUAUGAAAUACAAUUGACAAUUUACGUGCAAACCAUCUUGUGUUACAUGAAAAAAACUAACGAAUUAGUGUUUACGUCGCAUAGUGUAUUAUCAAGUUAAGUUUUAUAAAAAUAUACAAUGUCAACGGGGAUAAACUGAAAAAUAUCGCGUUGAUGUUGAAGCAUCAUAAUACACAUGGUUUAACAUUAAAAAAGUCAAUAGGUAAAUAUUGUCAUAAAUAAGCCGAAUAUAUAGUGCUAACAGAAAGCUAUUACAAAAAUAAAGCACGUGACCCCAUAAAACAAUUCAAUAUAUUAAAAAAUGAAAUCUAUUCUACUAACAGUCAAGAACAUUUAUCUCACUGAAAGACAUUUGUUUCAAUAAAUGCAUAAGCUGUUGUGUA